AUGUUGCAUCCGGUGCGAAACCGUUGGUACCUUGCGUCGGUUGUGUUGACCCUCAGCCAGCUGACGACCAUCGAAGGGCAGAUAAGUCUAUCAUCCGUACCGUGCGGUCAGCAGCAGCAACGUAUCGUCGGUGGUGUAAACUCCAACCGGGGCCAAAUAACGUACAUCGCCAGCCUGACCAAACGGGGCGGUCAUUUUUGUGGUGCAUCGAUCGUUAACGAACGUUGGCUUCUAACGGCUGGACACUGUGUGUGCAGUGGUGCUAAUAAGGUGCUGCGGGCCAACCAGAUUCAAGCCGUGCUGGGGCUCUACCGGAGGUCCGAAUUUGGUGGCAAUCAACUCGACGCGGAUCCGUUCACCGACCGUGCAUAUGAGGUGACGAUUCGGACGAUCGUACCCCAUCCAGGAUACGUUUGCAACAAACCAUCGAACGACAUCGCUUUGCUGGAGCUGGCGAAACGUAUCGACUUUACCGCUUCGGUUCGGCCGAUCUGUCUGUCUAGCGGAUCGGAUGGUUCCGCACGUGUCGAGGGCCGGACGGCGAUCGUGGCCGGAUGGGGCUGGCAGCAGGAAAACCGUAACCUUGCCGAUAAGGCGGACACACUCCAGCGGGCAGUGGUGGAUGUGUUCCGGAAUGAGGAAUGCGAAAGCAUGUACCGGCGUGGCAAUCGCACGAGAACGAUCGCCCGCACGCAACUGUGCGCUGGUAAGGGAGCGGGUGGGGUCGAUGCGUGUUGGGCCGAUUCCGGUGGUCCGCUGGUGACGAGUGACAAUGUGCUGAUUGGGAUCGUUUCAACCGGUAUCGGUUGUGCCCGGCCCGGAUUUCCCGGGAUUUACACACGGGUUAGUGAGUAUGCGGGUUGGAUCGUAACGGUGGUCGAUCGAUUCAAUGCCAGAUAG